AUUAUAGUAGCCUUUCCGUAGUUCCUUAAAGCAGACUCAGAGUUAUAAUAGAAGGUAGGGAAAUGAAAAGAAAACAAAAGGAAGUGAGGUUUACGAGUGGGUUUAUUACAGCAUGUUCUUGAGUUUUCACUGAGAUACAAGAGAUGGCAUGCACAACCGGUGGAGAUUUUACACAGAGGAAUGAAGACGACAAAGAAAAUGAAAAUAAUCAAGUCAGGAUAGAUGAGAUUAAUACAUCUUUGAAAGAAAUUGACUUAAAAGAUAAUUCUUGCAAAAGAACUGACUACAUUUCCUGGGAUGACUACUUCAUGUCUAUUGCCUUCCUUGCUGCAAUGAGGAGCAAGGACCCAUGCUCUCAAGUUGGAGCCUGUAUUGUUAACAUGGAGAAGAAGAUUGUGGGCAUUGGUUACAAUGGAAUGCCAAGAGAUUGUAGCGACAACGACCUUCCCUGGAACAAGCAGUCUGAAGAUUGCCUUCAGACAAAAUAUAUGUAUGUUUGUCAUGCUGAAAUGAAUGCAAUUUUGAAUAAAAAUUGCACAGAUUUAUGUGGAUGCACAAUAUAUGUUGCACUGUUCCCAUGCAAUGGGUGUGCCAAACUCAUUAUCCAAGCUGGCAUAAAGCAAGUUAUUUUCUACUCUGAUAAACAUAGUCACAAACCCGAAACAAUAGCUAGCAAACGUUUAAUGGACAUGGCACAAGUGAAGUACAGGUAGGGGAGUUGUGAUUUUC